AUGGCCCCGUGCACCCCAGCUGUCACUGCCAAGGUGCUGCGGUACAUCUACUGCGGCGCCAUCUACUUUCACCAAGGCUUCCGCGCUGGCUUCGCGCAGUUUCUUUCGGUGGUCGACUUCCUGGGCGUCGAAGACAUGGCGGAGCGACAGGGCCCGGCGGCCGGCGGCCUCUUCGCGGAGCCGGGCCUCGUGCAGUGGCUGCAGGACCUGCAGACCGAGGACAUUCUGGCUUUUCUGCGAGACGAGAGCAUCGCUGGCAUGCUCGAGCAUGGCAACGGGGCUGUGGGUUUCCGGAUCCUCUGCAGCUUCCUCGCCAAGCUGAUCGAGCUCCGGCCGCGCGACCUCACCGUGGGCGUGCUGGGCGAGGACCUCUACGAGCGCCUCGCCGACUUCGGGGCCCCCCGCCCGCGCAGGCCGCGCGCUGGCCCCCACGGCUCGCAGGCGAGCGCGCACCACCUGCGCGAGCAGCUGGCCGGUGAUGAAGAGGAAGGUGACGGUCAGGCGUGCCUGGCGGAGCCGCCUUGCCCGAAGCCGGACGGCCCCCUGCAGCGGCUGCUCCACCUCCCGGGUCCCGUGGUAUACGUGGUCUUGGGUACUGGGGCGAUCCGCUGCGUCAACGUCGGCGGGCUGGAGCCCCUUCGGAACCUCGCCCGCGACGCCCCGAGCGAGCCCAGCGGCGACGCCAUGGGCGACGGCCACGACGGCGCGGACCCCGCGUCUGGGUCGGCGGGCGCGCGGUCGCAGACCUCGCUCCUGUGGCACGAGGGCAGCGUCCUGCCGCCCCACGCCACGCGGGAGUCCCUCCUGAGCGACGACGAGCCCCUGCACCGGGAGGUUGUCGUGUUCCAAGAUAGUGCAGACGGCCAGCAGAUUUUCAGGCACACCUUGCGCCGAGCCGAGGCGCGCCGGCCAGAGGAGGCCGAGCUCCUCGCGCUCGCCCUGGACGCCCUCGUCGCGGAGGCCGAGGAGCGCACGCCCGAGGGCGCGGCGCCGGACGAGGUGCAGCUCGUCUACGACAGCAUUCACGACAUGGUCAACGACCUUCUCUUGAACCGCGACUUCAAUCACCAGGGGCCCUGCCUGAUGGUGGCCGGUACCCGCCCGGGCGGGGCCGCCGCCCUGGCCGGCCUGCAGUUCGGCUCGACGCUGGUGCAGCAGACGGGCCCCCAGGCCACUGAGGAGCCGAGCGACGUGCUGGGCAACGGCAUGGCGAAGCUGGUAGUGGGCCUCGAGCACGGGACGCGACGUCUCGCGCUGGCGGGCGCUGCCGCGCAGGCAGGCCGUGUGGUGCGGCGGGGCGCAGGGCUCGGCGACGCCGAGGAUGACAACUCGAUAGACCGCCGCGGCACCGUCGUCAAGGUGGCCCUCGCCAAGGCGCGGACCGAUCCACUGGCCGGCGUGAACGACCCAGCGGGAGGCGGCAAUGGUGGCAGGAAGCGGAGGACUGGCAGCCGCAGCAGCGGCCGCAGCCGAAGCCGCAGCACCGGCAACAGCGGGAGCCGCAGCGGCAGCCGCAGCCGCAGCCGCAGCAGCCGCGGCGCGCCGCGGUCGCAGCGGUCUGCGUCGCCGCAGAGGUCGGCCUCGCGCCCUCGGGCCGACAAGGCCGGCGCCGGCGGCGCCAUUGUCGCCGUGCGCGAGGAGCAGAGGGGGUCGGGCGGUCGCUCCACGAAGGUGAUACGGCUGCGCAUCGAGAGGCUCCCGACGGACUUCACGGAGGAUGAGCUCGCCGAUCUCGGCGCCAGUUUCGGAGACGUGGUGCACGUUCGUAUGUGGAGAUAUAAGGAGGAGACGUAA